AUGGCCACACACAUGUCUAUGCCUGCCACCAGGCAACCCUUUGCACCCCUCAACAACUCCCGUCUCCAGAACCUCACGUCUCUCAAGAACCGUCAAAAUGGUACUUUCUUCCCCUACACUCCCUAUAUCAUGUUCCUAACAAGACCAGCGGUAUCUUCUCCCGUGAAACGCAAAGCGACUUCAUUCGAAUCCGACAACGACGACAGCGAGAACGUCGACCCGAUUCUCUUUCUCUCCCCAAAACGCUCCAAAGCUCAAGAUGGUUCAUCCAAAGACCCCUCAGCAUAUAUUAAACCAGUCAAUUUCUACCUCACCAAAGCUGCUCCAUCUUCCAAUGAUUUCUCCUCCAUCAAAAAUACUCCUGUGUCACCUCAACGACGACCAAUCCUCCCCGCUCGCUCCCCAGCUCCAAAAAUCAACACCACCAUCAAAUCCACCCCCCUCUCCGCUCCAGCAGGACGCUCCCCAACAAGAAAGCGAAUUGGAAUCCUCAACCGCCGCAAGACAGGAAGUCCAUUCACACGCAUCGAACCUCCGAAAUUCUCCACGCCCACCCCCUCGGGCCUCUCCUUCUCCAUCGACGCAGCCCUCUCCAACACCAUCUCCUCCCGCAAACCCAUCACAACACCAACUCCCGUCUCCCUAAAAGACAAUGCCCACCUCAUCCCUACCCUCCACACCGCCGCCCCAAAAGAAAGCUGGUUCUUCGAGAUCCACGAGGAUACAGCCGAGGAACUAGCCACCAACCUCAUGGAACACUCCACCUGCACGCUGGACAUCUCGUCGGACGAGGAGAGCGCUCAACGUCUGCGUGAUGAUCGUGGGAAGGAGAAUGUCCCGCCUAUGGACGACAUCUCGCAGACUCGCACGGCGAUCACGUCGUCGGUUGAUGUCAUGGAAGAGCAGAUGUCGGAUCUGAAAGCCCGCAUCAGAGCCCGUCGUUCCCGCGACGAGAAUGCGAUUGAAGUCGAUCGUUCCCCGCUGGGCGAUCUCGCGGCUGAGGAUUUUUACGCCGCGGGGUGUGAUGAGAAGAGUAUUUUCGUCAUUCUUCCGGAUGAGACGGCUGAGGACGAGGUUCCUGUGCCUGAAGACGCUCUACCUGUUGCAGAAGACGUGGCACCGCUUACCUCCUCAUUCGAUUUCGUAGCCGAAGUCAAAGGGAAAUCUCCGGUGCGUGAACAGCGGGUAUUGGAUAUCGAUGCCCUGAUGAGAAAGGAUGAUGAAGUUGCGCCCAAGGCGGCGUUGCUGGAGCCGAUUGAGAGGGCCGAGGAGGGGUUUGAGGUGUGGGAGAGUGGGAGUGCUAAGGACGAGGAGUUAUAG